UCCGUCCCCGUCUCCCUCGCGACCAACGGAUUCCACGCACGUACAAGUCGCCGGCAUCCCAGCUGAACUCUGAAUAUUCAUCCACCCCCCGCCCACAGGCCCAUAAAAAACUCGUCGGCGUCGGCGUCGGCGGCCUCGCAUCGAACCGCCCUCAAUCUCAAUCUCACCGUGGACUCGCCGCCAAGCACGAACUGGCAGGCGGCAGGUGCCCAGCCACGUUAGCCAGAUCCUCCUGCAAAGAACAGAAAUCCCCCGGUUAUUUCCCACUCCGCUCCACUCGUCCCAACCACGCGCCGCUAGCCAGCUGCACCCUCGGCCGGCAUGGCCCGCCUCGGCCUCUGGCACUUUCCGCCGCUGAUGCUCCUCCUCCUCCUCCUCGGCCUCUUCCUCGACGCGGCGGCCGCGGCGGGGAAGGGGAAGAAGUGGGGCGGUGACGGCGGGGGGCUGCGGUUCCGGCGGGAGGGCGGCACGUUCAAGGUGCUGCAGGUGGCGGACAUGCACUACGCCGACGGGCGGAGCACCGGGUGCGAGGACGUGCUGCCCGAGCAGGUCGCCGGCUGCUCCGACCUCAACACCACCGCCUUCCUCUACCGCGUCCUCCGCGCCGAGGACCCCGACCUCGUCGUCUUCACAGGCGAUAACAUAUACGGCGCAGAUUCAACCGACGCGGCCAAGUCGAUGGAUGCAGCCAUCGCCCCGGCAAUCGCCAUGAACAUUCCCUGGGCUGCUGUGCUCGGCAACCAUGACCAGGAGGGCACCCUGUCGCGGGAGGGCGUGAUGCGCCACCUUGUAGGCAUGAAGAAAACCCUGUCACGCUUCAACCCUGAAGGAGUAGAGAUCGACGGCUUCGGUAAUUAUAACCUCGAAGUUGGUGGGGUUGAAGGAACACAGCUGGCUAACAAAUCAGUGCUCAACCUGUAUUUUCUCGACAGUGGUGACCGUUCUACUGUAUGGUGGAUCCCUGGUUAUGGUUGGAUCAAGGCUUCACAGCAAGCUUGGUUCAAGCAAACCUCCUUGAGUCUGCAGAAAAACUACAGGAAUGAAGAACCCAGACAGAAGGAGCCAGCACCUGCUCUUGCAUACUUCCACAUUCCAUUGCCGGAGUUCAGCAGCUUCACAGCGUCUGAUUUCACAGGAGUGAAGCAGGAGAGUAUCAGCUCGCCAUCAAUCAACUCCGGUUUCUUUACCACGAUGGUGGAAGCUGGAGAUGUGAAGGCUGCCUUCAUAGGACAUGAUCACGUAAAUGACUUCUGCGGGAAGCUCACCGGUAUUCAGCUCUGCUAUGCCGGUGGCUUGGGUUACCAUGCGUACGGGAAGGCUGGGUGGUCGAGGAGAGCAAGGGUGGUGUCCGUGCAGCUCGAGAAGACGGUGAGCGGUGAGUGGCAAGGAGUGAAGUCUAUCAAGACAUGGAAGAGGCUUGAUGAUGAACACCUCACCACGAUUGACUCCGAGGUCCUGUGGAACAGAGGCUCUAAUGGGAGGCGCAGGAAGGAUCAUGACAGAAGCUGAGUUCAGGAUGGGGACAGCGAGUGAUGCGUCCUACUCCUACCUCUGCACAUCAUGUGUGCUGUUGGUGCUCUUAUUACAAAGUUCGCAACUGUGUAAAUGAAAACAGAUAGCAACUGUGUAAAUGAAAACAGAUAGUACGCCUCAGGUAUAUGCAGGUUUUUAGCAUUGUAAUUGUUCGCAUCAAGAAAGAACAAGAUGCAUUAUCAAAUGUCACUCUCUGCAAAUGGGCUUGGAUGUCGAAAGAAAAUGUGUGCAAUGUUUGUGCAGUAUGGGCCUUACCGCUGUAAGUUUGCAGAACAUUCCAGCAACAUAAUAAGAAAUUAACAGAGUUCAUUGGAAAUUA